AGUAUAUAAAAGCUCGGUUGCAUUUCGCUGAAUGGCUUUUUGGGUAGUGGGGUUCUUGAUAAACGACUGAUUUCUGCGAGAGAUGAUGACCGUUUUGUUUGUUUUCAUGCAUGCUUGAUUGAGUUCUUGAAUUUGGGGGGUUUUCUUGGGGGGGAAUUUAGAAUAGCAUGGACGGUUUGAAGGGGGGAAGUGUUGAUGAUCAUUCGUUUUCUGUGUUUUUCAGCUGCGAAAUUGAUUGGAGAUGCGUCUUCUUCUGCAGAGCUUUCUUGCUUGGUUUGAUCAUGGGAAAUCGCGUUGCUUGCGAAUGAUUCUGCUUUGAAUGUUGAGGAAUCCGAUUGUCAAUUUUUCUUUUUUCUUCUAGGUAGGCGUUGAUAUAUUUAUAUAUAUAUUAUAUCUACAUUACAUAUAUUGAUGUAUUGUUGAAUUCUUUGAUUCUUUGAUUUGGUGGCGUUGUUGUUUUUUCAUUUGUUUAUCAUAAAUUCUUUCGAUUCUUUGUUGCACAUAAGCUGAAAAAAAUCACACAUUGAGCAUUCAUAUAGGACACACGAAAGCAUAUAUAAACACACACACACACACAGAGGAAGAGGCUUGUUUGAUUUGUUUCGACAUCGGAUUCCGAUUUUUUCUUUCUUUCUUUCUUGGUUUUUUCAUUUUCUUGAAACUCACACACACUCACUAUAGUACACAUUGUUCUGUUUCUCUUGAUUUCUCCUCAUAUAAUACAAUUUUCUUGGCAUAUAUGAUUUGUAAAUGUACAUUGUCAUAGUUUGGGAGGUAUAGAAUCAUAGAGAAAUAUCAUAGAGAAGGAAAAAAAAAUUUAAAAAAAGGGUGGGUGUAUUGGGAGUUUUAGAGAAGGAAGUUAGAAGGAAAAGGAAGAAAGAAAUUGGGGGUUUUAGUGUGUGAAGAAUGUUGGCUGGGUGUUCUUCUACAUUGGUUUCACCAAGGCAUAGAUUGAGGAGUGAAGCAUCUGCACAGUUUCAAGCUUGUCACAUCCCUGCAAUGAGCACACAGAGGUUGGAUUUGCCUUGUAGCUUCGGGCGAAAGGAGGCGUCGCGGCCGCAGGCUGUUAGGCCGGUUGGGAUUUCAGUUGAGAAGCCUAUUGAACAAUCAAAGGGUUCUUCUCUGAGGCAGAACAUCAGGCUCCCUCCUGUUGCAGCAGAGAGCAGGAGAGAGAGAGGGGAUGAAUUUUGGGAGAGGAGUAAGAAAAAGAGGUAUGCUGCUGCAGAUGAAGGGGGCAAUUACAUGAGCAGAGUGAAGAAGAGGAAAACGGGCAAUGGCAAUGGCAAUGAAGAUUUAGGGCAGCAGUUGAGGAGUAGUGAGGAUUUCUGGUUCCAUGAGGGAGAGGAGAGGGUGUGUUUCGACCCGCCACCGCCUCUCCCGCCACUGUCGAGCAUCCCUUGGUUUGAUUCUGUUGUGGCUGAGGUUACUGAUUUGGGGAAGUCUAAGGAUGUGCAGAGAGUUGAUCCUCAUCCUCACAAGGAGGCCUCUGCCUCUGGCUCUGGCUCCUCGAGCACGUCCUCCGGUGGCCACACCUUGGCUCCGGGGGUGGUGGAGCGUGGCAACGGGUCAUCCUCGCGCAAUCCAAGUGAGGUUGCAGGGCACAAUCACAAUCAUAAUGGUAGCCAAAGGGAGCAAGAGCAAGAGCAUGAGUAUGUUGAGCUGAUCAACCUAGUUGUGGCUUGUGCUGAGCAAAUAGGCUGCAAGAACAUUGCUGCAAUCAGUCAUUGUCUAGCCAGGCUAGGGGAGCUUGCCUCGCCACGAGGCUCCCCUCUACACCGCCUCAUUGCCUACUUCACCGAGGCCCUAGCCCUGCGCGUGGCAAGGCUAUGGCCUCACGUGUUCCACAUCACCCCACCUCGUGACCUUGACCGCCUUGAUGAUGAUCACAACGCGUUAAGGGUGCUGAACCAAGUGAGCCCCAUCACAAGGUUCGUUCACUUCACGUGCAACGAGAUCCUGCUGAGGGAAUUGGAAGGGAAGGACAGGGUUCACAUCAUAGAUUUUGACAUCAAGCAAGGGCUGCAGUGGCCUAGUUUGUUUCAAAGCUUGGCCUCGAGGGUGAACCCUCCGAGCCAUGUGAGGAUCACAGGCAUUGGUGAGUCGAAGCAAGAGCUGAUCGAGACGGGGGACAGACUAGCCGGCUUUGCUGAGGCGUUUGGGCUCCCCUUCGAGUUCCAUCCGGUGGUGGAUAGGCUGGAGGAUGUGAGGCUGUGGAUGCUUCAUGUGAAGGAGAAGGAGGCCGUGGUGGCGAACUGCGUUUUCCAGCUGCAUAAGAUGCUCUACGACGCCACGGGGGGCGCCUUGAGGGACUUCCUAGGGUUGAUAAGAAGCACCAAUGCUCAAGUGGUGGUGAUGGCAGAGCAGGAGGCAGGGCACAAUGAGGCCACAUUGGAUGCUAGGCUAUUCAACUCACUCAAGUACUACUCAGCCGUGUUCGACUCCGUUGAUUCGAGCCUCCCCCUUGACAGCACGGCAAGGAUCAAGGUGGAGGAGAUGUUCGGGCGGGAGAUAAGGAGCAUCAUCGCCUGCGAGGGGAGGCAGAGGGGCGAGAGGCACGAGAGGUUCGAAAAAUGGCAUCAGUUGAUGGAGCAAGGCGGGUUCCGGUGUGUAGGGGUGAGUGAGAGGGAGGUGCUUCAAGGGGAGAUGAUGCUGAAGAUGUACUCUUCCAACCAGAAUUAUAGGGUGCAAGUGGCCGCCUCCGCCUCCAACACGGCCUCGUCGUGUCUCACGCUGAGCUGGUCGGAGCAGCCUCUUUACGCGGUGUCAGCGUGGAGGCCGGCCGUGGAUGCUGCCGGAGGCUCCUCGUCUUUGUUCUGAAGCAUGGUAUACUAUUCUUUGUAGGUAGAGAAAUAUGUGUUGAUUCAUUCUUUCAUUCGUUGCAGAUAUCAUUUGUUUUUGAGUUAGUGAAGGAAGAUAUAGAGAAAUAUGUAGGUUGUUGUUGUCUCAAUUGUGUUUGGUUUAUAUUCUUUGAUUCUUUAUUAUGUAUUUGUUGCAGUUAGUGAUGAUGUAUUCUUUUGAUUCAAGAUUAUAGGGAUAUGAUGAUUAAUGAAGGAAGUUCUGUUUUGAUUUUAA